AUGAUGAUGAAAACGCUCUCGACUGCCGUGCUUUUCGGAAGCCUGGCAUGCGCUCAAUUCGCUCCCCCGGCUGGCGUGAGCAAUGUCUCGAGCUCUGACUGUCCCACGAACGGUGGUGCCCACAUCAUUGUUGCAAGAGCAAGUUUGGAAGCACCUGGAUAUGGCAUUAUCGGAUCCGUCAAAGAUGCAGUGCUCAAUCGAGUGCCUGGCUCGACCGCCGAAUUCGUCACGUAUCCGGCGACGCUCGACGACUACUUCAACUCCGAGAGCGACGGCGUGCUUGCUAUGAAGAAGCUGAUCAAUGCCUACACCGACAAAUGCAGCGCCUCUUUGCCUCUCGUCUUGAUGGGCUACUCGCAGGGAGCUCAGGUCUCGGCAGACUCUCUAGUCGGCCAACAAGUCGCUGCAUUCCCAGACAACUCCUCCAUCAACCAGCCUUUGCCAGCGAGCACGCUCUCCCGCUUUGCUGCGGUGGUCAUAAUGGGCGACCCAUCGUUCGUGACGAACGAGACCUUCCACGUCGGAAACGCCACCAGAAACGGUCUGUUCCCUCGUAAAGACGUGGCGAACUUCAACACUGCUGGGCUUGCCGCGAGAGUUAAGAGCUACUGCGACUUCAACGACCCAUACUGCGCGUCUGGAAACCUCUCCACUGGUCUGCCUGUGCAUCUGGGAUAUGUCCAGGAGUAUGGCAGCCAAGCGGAGGAUUUUGUUGUGAACCAGAUCAAGGCGUUCUACUCGAACGGAACGAGCACUUCCUCGAACGGCACUUCGAGCAGCGGGAGUGGAUCUAGCACCUCUUCGAAUGGUACCUCAAGCGGUGGAAGCGGAUCGAGCACAACCUCAUCGACACCGGCUGCGUACACUGGUACUGCAUCGACGAUGAGCGCAGUUGGAAAGAUUGCGCCUAUUGCUGUCCUUGCGGGUGUGAUUGCAUUGGCAAUGUAA